AUGGUUGAGUCCAUUCUUGAGCGGUUCACAAAGGAACAUGUAGCUAACGCCUCUACUAUGACCAAGGAAAUUUCUGACUCAGCUGAUGUCUGUAAAUCCUUGACCAAAAAAGUUGAAAAACUAACUGCUGACACCAUAGAGUUUAUGGAGGAUUACAAGAAUACCUACAACUCCAACAUUGUCACUACGAACAAGGCUAUUCAGAAUGAUCUGGCGAUGGAGAACAAAAUAAUGGAUGCUCUUGCCAUCAAAGAAGAAAAAUGUAAAGUGUUGGAAACACAACUUCACUACACUGAGAAGCAAGUUGAUGAUUUGCAAUCGGAGAAGGCUGUCACUAGAAGUUGUAUCUCUAACGUUACUGGACUGCUCUCUAAUAUCAUUGAGACUCGUGAGCCCAUGAACUCCAUCACUGGGGAGAAAUGUGGCUCCAAAGUUCAAUCGAAUGAACCCCCUAAAGCUCCAGUCAACCCUCUCGUUAUUAAGAAAGAAACCAAGUGUAAAGAAAAGCUAUUUAACGAUGAACCCAUUAUCGAUGAUGAAGGAGACAAAGACCCUGAUGAAGCUAAGCUUAAAAGGCAUAAGGCUCGUGAGGCAGAGUUGGAUGAACAUGCUUGCAUCGUCAGAGAGGCAGAAGAAAAGGAAAAGGCUAAAAAAGAAGCUCAAGUCACACUCAAAAUCCGAAUGAUGCUAUUUCCAAAGUGGACCCUUAAGCGAAUUCAGAAUGAGGUUGUGGAUCUACCGGGCCAAUGUUGGUUGGAUCCAGUUGCAUCCUUUGAUGUUCAAAAUUCUCAGGAUUCCCAGUUGGAUCUUCCACUUGCUCUAAAGGCCUUUAGGUAUCGUGCCUUCGUAAAGUUUGUUGAUGCACUUCUCACAGACAGCAAGGCUGGUCAGAUGUUGUUUGCCUUUUACUUGAAGCACAUGAAGCCUCAACAUGAGAACUGGAGUAUUCACAAGAUUAUCGCUGUGAAAGUCACUAGGCUGAUCGAGACUGAAAGCUUCUCUAAUGAGAAGUUUAAAGUUGGGAGAGGAUCAUCAUGUCAAGCCUACGAAUUCACACUCGCAGACCUACCCUGCCUGAACCCCCAUGACUGGAUAGUGCUAUACAACAUGUUGCUAAGAGCAAAGGAGAAGUACAGACCUUUGAUGAUCCUUCUCCAACUUAUGAUCAAGUCAUAUAUUUAG